AUGGUGAAAUAUUCAAGAAAGAUCAGAUAGAGAAGUAGAAAAUAUGAUAAGAUUACAUAAGAAGAAAGAGAAUAAAUAGUAAAAAUGAAAGUAAAUGGUUCAACUUGUAGAGAAAUAAGUGAACUGAUGAAAAAAAAUAUUAAAACUAUAUAAUCAAUAAAAUCGAUUGAGAAGAAAUCUGAAUAUGCUGAUUUGAAGAAAGCUUUGAUCGAUUACGGAUUCUAACAAAUAAUGGAAAUGUAAAGUUUGGAUAAAACGAAUUUGAAAAUCAUAGGGAAGUAGGCAAAUAAGCUUAUCAAAGAGUAGUUGGAAGAGCAGACAUCAAAGUUUUGGAAUCUAAUUCCAGAAUAAAAAAAGUUCUCCAAUAAGAGAAGAAUUAUAUAAUAAAUAAUAUUAAACAUAGUUGAGAAGGUUCAAAAUACAAAUUAAAAAAUGAAUGACAGUCAAUAAACAACCAUAAUCACAAAGGAAGAGUUCGAAGAGAAAAAGGCUGAGGUUCCCAGUAAUAUAUAUGAAUAACCAAUCCCACUCCAUUUAACAAAGGCAUAUUAUUAUCUGAUGUCUUUGUUAAUAUCACACAAAAAUAACUAUGCAUUUCUAUAAUGA